AUGCAGCUUACCUGGUUGUCCUCAGCCGUCUUCGCGAGCUUCUCCUUGCUCUCCGUCGUCGCUGCAACCACCAGUGUCAAAGAGGCUUGCGGAACCGACGGCGAAGUAGUUAGCACAAACACCAUCGUCCACAACAACAAGGAAUUCCAGGUUACUACUCGUACUUGCCCAGGGUUUGCGGCUUUGAGCAAGAACACCACCACGCGCUCCAUUGCUGGUCGUACCGCGGUGCCGAACGAGAAGCGGCAACUUUUGACCUGCAAUACAGACUGCACUGUUGAAUGCGCCGACAUCGCCGAUCAGCCGCUUUACGAUUACUGCGUCACGCUUACUGACGCACUGGAAGACCUGGAUGGUGAAUACUUCCUCGCGCCGGCACAAACGUUGACAACCUUCAACGACGACGGCGUUUGCGAGUAUGCGUAUGCCAACCUCGAUGUUAUUGAAUAUGAAGUUUGCUAUUACGACGUUGGGUAUAAUGGCUUCAGGGUGGCAGACGAGUGCUUCAGUGACUAUCCGUACUCGUACACGGCUGGCGGGUAUUGUGUUUCUCCUGAAGUUUACGAGAACGACUGGAUCUUGGAGGUGUACUAUGGUUGA